CAAGAAUAAUAACCCUAAGUAGUUAGAUACAUUUGUUCCCUUCUUUCGUUACUUUUCAAAACCCUAGCCGCCCCACCCAACGUUGGCCACGACGGGACCGUGCAAACUCGUAUCAUCUGGUGCUUUCAUCUUGCCAUUCUCAUGACGACUCCUACACCUGAAUCGUCGUCCUCAACGGCCCUCACCAUGGAAGACCUCAUUCAAGCUAUCACCAAUCAGGGAAUGGAGUUACAGGCGACCAAACAACAGGUUCAAGCUUUAUCUUCUGCCAGCCUUAAUUCUGAUAGUCGUUGGUCAUCACGUCCGCCAUCCGUACCUUGGCGGCUGCCUCCAUCUCGCACGGUUGGCUCUUCUUCCAACACUAAUCUAGUUCCUUGCAUGCGUGUUGAGGCACCAUGUUUCAAAGGCGACAAUCCUGCAUGCUGGGGCACUCUAUUUGAGAUCGAUUUAUAUCUUUUGGAGAUUCAUGGGCCCGAUAUUGUGCUCGGCGUUCAAUGGCUACAGACCCUAAGGAAGGUUUCACAUGAUUAUGCACAAAUGACGAUGGAAUUUACUUGGCACGGCUCGUCAGUGGUCAUGCGUGGUGACACAGUGGCACCACGGUCGAUCUCGUAUAGCCAUCUCUGCUCUUUGGCCGCCCACUAUCCCUUGGAGAUUUAUGAGCUUCAGCCCUCGGUUUCCCAACCACAGUUGUCCCCAAACCCCGAGGUGGUGUUUCCCACAUCUAUGCCGUCGGUGGUUCACGGGGUGUUAGAGCUACAUAGGGUAGUUUUCCUUCAACUUACAGGGCUUCCGCCGGCGCGCGAGUGGGACCAUCAGAUUAAUCUGGUCACCACUACAAAGCACACCACCAGGGGUACCUUUCGACGCCUUGCCGAUGUUUUUCAUUGGCCGGGAAUGCGCCGGAAUGUGCGUCGGUUUGUGGCAGCAUGCGUCCACUGUCAAGCGACAAAAUACUCCACCCAAAAGCCUGCAGGGUUGCUGCAGCCCCUCCCUAUACCUGAUCGGGUUUGGGACUCGGCCUUCAUGGACUUCAUUACAGGAUUUCCGACUUCUCAUGGCUUUUUGGUACUUCUGGUGGUGGUGGACAGGUUAUCUAAAUACUCUCAUUUUGGGUUGCUGCCUACCCAUUUCGAUGCUCCGCGAGUGGCUCUAGUUUUCCUCGAUGUGGUCGUCAAACACCAUAGAUUUCCUACGACCAUAAUCUCCGAUCGCGACUCCGUUUUUAUGAGUUUCUUUUGGCGUGAGUUGAUGCGUUUAAGUGGUAAUGCCCUGAAGUUCAGCACUGCUUAUCGGCCACAGACGGAGGUCAUUUAUCGCGACUUAGAACAAUACCUUCGUGCAUUCACUUAUGAGCACCCCUACCAGGCACUCUAUGGGCGUACACCACCAAAUCCUUUUCUGACAUCGUCUCUCCGUGCGCGUGUUCCGGCUGUCGAGGAGAUGCUUCGUGAACAUGCUGAGCAGCCCCCACCUUCGGCUCUCCCUGCAGAAUUUCAUAAAGGGCAGCCCGUGAUUGUUACAGUCUUUGUUAGUUCGCGCCAUACGGUUGUCGUCGAUGGUAAGCCGCAAGAGCAAUGGCUAGUGCACUGGUCUGAAGAUGCAGACACUGAUACGACUUGGGAGCUCGCAGAAGUUAUGCAAUGUCAUUUUCCAACUCUUGGCCUUGAGGACAAGGCCGUCUACGACCGCGGGGGAGUUGAUACGAGCACGGCCCAGGAUGAUCGGGAAGAACCAGCCAUGUCGAUCGCGGUGGGUCUGGAGGUGAAAUACUGGAGUAUGACUGGCCUUAGUAGGAUUGGAAGUUUAGUGGGAAAACCAGUGAGAACAGACAUGGCUACAACAAAAAGAACUAAGAUGGAAUAUGCAAGAGUAAUGAUAUCAGUUAAGAUGAAGCAGGAGUUUCCAGAGACAGUUCUUUUCCAGGAUGAGAAUGGACACAAGAACCAGGACUGUAGAAGGAAGGAAAAUCAAGGACAGAAUAGGAAAAGAAUGAUAUGGAAACUAAAGGACGCACAACACAACAAAAUGGAGGAACAGAAGGAAGAACAGAUAAAGGAAAAUCAUGGACAAGAGGACCCCAUCAUGGAGACACCCCCUAAUCAGAAUAUGUUGGAAAAGCAGGAGGCUCAUACUGAUGGAUUCAUUGAGGGGGGGUGGAAUAUCAGAGGCCUGAAUGGGCCUCUAAAGCAGGAGGAAGUAAAGAAGUUAAUUAAGAAGUAUGAUAUUAAGCUGUUGGGGUUAAUGGAAACAAAAAUUAAGGAGGCUAGAGUUGCUGAGGUAGAAAAGAAACUCUUCCAUGGAUGGGGGUCUUUCAUAAAUAUUAAGGAUCACCCAAAUGGCAGAUUAUGGGUGGUAUGGAAUAAAAGAGAGAUGUUGGUAGAUAUAGUUAACUCUAUUGACCAAGCUGUCCACUGCAAGGUUACAGAGAGAAGGGGGAACAAAAGUUUCCACAUUACAUUUAUCUAUGGUCAUAAUGACCAAAGUAACAGGAAAAACUUAUGGACUGCCCUAACUAGCUAUGCUGCAAACACAAAGGGUGCCUGGUGUAUCCUGGGGGACUUCAAUUCUAUCCUAAAUAUGAAUGAUAGGGUGGGAGGCAACAGUAUAUCUCUUGAUGAAAUCAAAGACUUCAAGGAAUGCAUGAAUCAGUGUGGAUUGGAAGAGGUCCCUUCUAAUGGAUCCUUCUACACUUGGUCUAAUAAACAAUCCUUAGGCCAUAGGAUUUACUCCAAAUUGGAUAGGGUCUUGGCUAAAAUGGACUGGUUUCUGGAAAAUGGAACUAAAGUUCUUAUUUUAGAGGAGGGGAUUUCUGAUCAUUGUCCCAUUCUUAUUCCUCCCCCUCAUGCCCAAAUAAGAAGUGGUGGAUUUAAGUAUUGUGAUAUGUGGAGAUUGGACCCUGGUUUUCAUGGUAUUGUGAAAAGGAUCUGGGAAGAGGAGGUGGAAGGAAGGAAGAUGUUUCAGCUUGUGCAUAAACUAAAAAAGUUAAAAGCACCUUUGAAGAAAUUAAACACAGACAAAUUUAUGCAUAUGAAUCAACAGAUUGAGAUCUUGAGAAUGGAACUGCAUAAUGUACAGAAGGAGCUGAAGGAUAACAGUCAGGAUGCAGUAUUAUUAAUGAAGGAGAAGGAUCUUACAAAGGAAUACCAGAUGAAAGUGAAAGCAAUGCUACUCAUGAGGAAGCAGCAAACUAAGAUGGAUUGGAUAUUUGUGAGUGAUCAGGGGUUUAAACUGUUCCAUGCCUGGGUCAAAAAGAGGGGGAUACAAAACAAUAUUGUGACCAUAAAAAAUGCCAAGGGUGAAGUGAUUAAUGAUACUACAGGGGUUGCAGAUGUACUGCUGCAGUAUUACCAAAAAGUACUUGGGACUGAGAUAGAGGUAGAGAGUAUUAAUCAAAAGGGGAUGCAGCAUGGAAAGACCUUAACUGUAGAACAACAAUUGGCCCUCAUACAACCAUUCACUACUGAAGAUAUAAGGAAAAUGGUGUUUGACAUUCCGAAUAGUAAAAGCCCAGGACCAAAUGGUACUCUAGUGGGUUCUUCAAGAGUCAAUGGAAGGUUUAAAAAGGUGUUGCCAGAGAUUAUCAAUCAAAACCAUGGUGCAUUUGUGGAAGGGAGAGAACUAAUUCAUAAUGUCCUACUUUGUCAAGAAAUGGCUAAAGGGUACAACAGAGCUGGGAUAUCUGCUCGAUGCAUGAUGAAACUGGACAUAUCCAAAGCGUAUGAUUCGGCAAGAAUAUUCAUUAUACCUGGGAAGGUUAUGAAGCAGGUACAAGCUCUGUGCAGAAACUACCUAUGGGGGGCCGAGGAAAAAUACAAGAAGGUCCCAUUAAUUAGUUCGAAGGAAACCUGCAGGCCUAAAGACAAAGGAGUAAGAUUUUACGGGUCCAGUGUUGGUUUGAGGCCCAAUGAAGUAUUGGCCCAUUAUCGAAGAGGGCCCAAAACAGAGAGAAUUAUUAGGAGAGUGGAAGGAAGGGCAGAAAGAAAAGACCUGAACUCGGCGGCGAUGGCGCUGAUGGCGCUGCUCUGGCUCUCCCCGACCUCAAUUCCCACGGCGGCGGCGGAAUGGAAUUCUUCUUCUUCAUCCGGCCGCCGAGUUUUCUCUCGACCGCCUCAGAACCACGCUUAUUCGAUGCUGCUGCUGCGGCGGCAGCAUCUAGGCCUGAUACACAGCGCCGUUUCGCCUGACCGUCGGAAGUCACAGGUUGUGCGUAUGGCUCCUGAAGAAGAGAAGUUAACUCGCCGUUCUCCUCUCGAGUUCCCCGCGGAGUGGGAGAGACCAAACACGGGUCGCAGACCAGAUAUCUUCCCCCAAUUCACCCCUAUGAAAACUCCACUGCCUCCUCCAUUACCAGCCGAUCCUCCUCCGGAAGAGGAUGAGGAGGAAGAAGAAAAGGAAGGGGAAGAGGAGGAUCAUAAAGAGGAUCAAGAAGACCCUGAAAAUGAAGAAGAACCAGAGCUACCAGAAAGAACACAAUAACUUGCUAAGGGCAUAGAGUUGUUAUCACAUUUGGCUAAUUGUGCCGUUGUGACCUUUAUAUCUAUAACCGGAUGAGAUACUGGUUGGUUUGAAUCAUUUUUGUGCUCUCUGUAUGUAAGCAUAUGUUAAAUGAUAUGGAGUAUAUGUUUGUUGUUGCGCAUGCCGUUUUCAUUUACGGAGUAUAUAGAAAUAUAAUGAGAUUCAAAAU